CUUACACAUCAUAGCCGCGCCCAACACAACUUCCCUACCAGCAAUUCCAGCCCGAACCAGCAGUUCCGCGACUCACCGGCAAACACAAAUGCCCCACGCCGCUCGCCUUCGCGCCCGCACGCACCAGCUGCUGUUGUUAUGUCCAUUCCGUACUGACUGACAGCUUGCAGUCCUCGGGUGCUUAAGUCGCCCGCGCGCACUGCUGCUCGCUCGCGGCUUGACAACAUGGACGCUGCCGGGAGUUUGGCCGGUGAGGCUGACAGCUCUCGCGCAGCACCACUGCGGGAGACCUUGGGGCAACUCACAAACAUCUCGGAGCGAGUCUCGAGCCACGCGUCCACGUGCAUUUCUAGUCUGGUUAACGUCGAAAAGUCUUAUGGGGACCUGGUCGCGGAGCUUCAGCGCGAGAAGGAGCAGGACCAGUUCUCUGCCAGGCACCGCGAUUACGUGUCGAAAUUUGACGACCGCGCGUUCGUGUACUUGGUGCGGCACGAGCCCAAGUAUAGGGCAUUGGCCGCUGAUGCGCAGCAAUUUACAAACAAGUCGGACUUGCUCAAGGUUCUCAAGGCGAUGAAGUCGGCGGAGGAGGACGGUGAUGAGGACGCGGCCGCAGUGCAUCUCACCCCUCACAACCUCCAGCUCCGCGAGGCCUGGUACGAGGCCAUCAAGGCGAAGGGCCUGUCGCUCCAGGAGUAUCAGGCCCUGUGCAUCUUCAAGGACAGCACAAACCGCACCUUCCACCAGUCGCCCACAGCUCGCGAGGCGCUGCAGCUCCUCAAUACUUCGCUGCCGGUGCCGUCGGUGUACGCCGCCUACAAGGAGCCGCUCGUGAAGCUGCUGCAGCUGCUGGUGAAGCCUUGAGCAUGAAUUAGGCAGCUUGCUGGAGCCAGUGAUGCGGCGCGCGGCGGGGCUGGUAUGGGCGGACGCGAUGGCAAUCGAUUGCAUUGGUGGGGGUGUGGAUGCGUGGGUGGUCGUGUGCGGGCCGGGCGUCGAGGCAGGCCGAGGGCGUGGUGGGGGCGGGGGCCGGGGGCCGUACCAGCAGCCGCAACUCACAUGGCGCGGCAGCAGUGCGGGCUGGCGGCAGGGCAGCAGGGUGCUGGGCUCUGUGGGCUUGACGGUGCCAGCACCGUUGCCCGCCUUCGUCGCCGCGGGCGCGUUGAGUCCAUACCAGCAGCCGCGGCUCACACGGCGCGGCAGCAGUACGGGCCGGCGGCAGGGCGGCGGGGCGCUGGAGGCUGCAGCGUCAGUGGCCGGGGGAGCUUGAGGUGGGCCAAGGGAACUGCACGUGCUGGGAAGUGGUUAGAGGGCUCAUGAACCAAUAUGGCUGAAGGCCUGGCAACUGUACUGCAGUUGAGUGCCGGCAUAGUGUAGAGGAGCGGAGCGUAGAAGGAAGAUAUGGGCACUGACCACUAUCGACCAACUACCUCGCCCCUUGUGAUGCUGUUCUGGCUCUGGACGCGGUCAUGCGCGGGAUGGGCCACGGGAAGUCCAAGUUGACGAGGGAGCUGCCCAAGGGGAAUCCCAUCACGGGGAGAGAGUGGGAUAAGGACAGGCCGGACACGGGGUCGUACGAGGGCGGUACAUUCCCUGAGGAUAGCAAGCUUGGGAGAGAUGGGACGGCAAGAGGAUGGUCUGGUGCGUAGCGGGCUGCAGGAGGCGCAGUUGAUGAGUGGUGAGUUCGUGCCCGCUGAACAGUAGUGGGCAGGGAAUGAGGGUGGUGUAUAAGGAUGAGGCGAGAGACUGGUUGGCAUGUGUUUGCGGUGUUGGAGCAGUGGACUGGAAGAAGGCAAGGCUAGCUCGGAAUGUGCCUAAUUGCCAGCCUACCCCAAUUUGGCCCACUUGCCCGUGCGGCUGGCCCGCACGGAUUCAGAGCCUGCCUGAUUUAAUUUUGCAUGCUUA